AUGACGUCCCCUCAACCGGUCAGUACGCCCGCUGUGACCGAUGAGGUCGCUGUCACUACUGCGGCUCCUGUGACUGGCGAGGUGACUAUCACCACGGCAGCUGGAGAAGCUCCGGGAAGAGACAAGGAUGACUCUGAUGCUACCACCCAGGUCGCUACGGAGGCUGCGACUGUCACGACUACGAUCGGUGCUCCUGUUGAGCCUACUACUACUAUAACGUCCCCUUUCCCGGUCAGCACAGCUGCUGUGACCGAUGAGGUGCCUGUCACUACUGCAGCUCCUGUGACUGGCGAAGUGACCAUCAGCACGGCAGCUGGGGAGGCUCCCGGUAGAGACAAGGAUGACUCUGAUGCUACCACCCAGGUCGCUACGGAGGUUGCGACUGUCACGACUACGAUCGGUGCUCCUGUUGAGCCUACUACUACUAUAACGUCCCCUUUCCCGGUCAGCACAGCUGCUGUGACCGAUGAGAUUGUUGAUACUACUGCAGCUCCUGUGACUGGCGAGGUCACCAUCACCACGGCAGCUGGGGAAGCUCCCGGUAGAGACAAGGAUGAUUCUGAUGCUACCACCCCGGUCGCUACUGAGACUGCGACUGCCACUACGAUCGAUGCUCCUGUUGAGCCCACUACUACUAUCACGACCCCUCAACCAGCCAGCACAGCUGCUGUGACCGAUGAGGUUGUUGCUACUACUGCAGCCCCUGUGACUGACGAGGUCACCAUCACGACGGCAGCCGGGGAAGCUCCCAGUAGAGACAAGGAUGAUUCUGAUGCCACCAACCCGGUCGCUACCGAGACUGCGGCUGUCACUACUACGAUCGAUGCUCCUGUUGAGCCUACUACUCCCACGUCCCCUCUACCGGUCAGCACAGCUGCUGUGACCGAUGAGGUUGCUGUCACUACUGCGGCUCCUGUGACUGGCGAGGUGACUAUCACCACGGCAGCUGGGGAAGCUCCGGGAAGAGACAAGGAUGAUUCUGAUGCUACCACCCCGGUCGCUACUGAGACUGCGACUGCCACUACGAUCGAUGCUCCUGUUGAGCCUACUACUAUCACGACCCCUCAACCAGCCAGCACAGCUGCUGUGACCGAUGAGGUUGUUGCUACUACUGCAGCCCCUGUGACCGACGGGGUCACCAUCACGACGGCAGCCGGGGAAGCUCCCAGUAGAGACAGAUGA